AUGUAUAAAGUACGCACUCCGACAGCGGAGUGGAAAAUACUUCUUGAGGUGGCGACCAACCAAUGCUACUACAACGUGGUGACAAGAAGGGAUUUGAUCAACUACGAAAUAGACAUUCUGGACAACUAUAAUGUGUGGUCGGAUACGCAGGAUGACCCAACAAGUCCUAGACUACGUUCAGCUUUCAAUUGGGAGCGUGGUAACCCAGGUGAUCAAAGUCAAACAACAACCUUAUCAACAACAUCUUUGAGGAUAUACAGAGACUUAGAAUUAAAGCACCCGAAAUCACCACUGCAAAAAUUCGAAUUCGACAUAGAAAGUAGCGACAACGAAGAAGAAAACAUGAUGAUAUUGCCUAUGAAAGGAGGAGAAAGUAUGGAAUUAUUUGUAGGAGGAGGACGACAAGAUCCUGAACUGAAGUUGCAGGAGAACGAGGUUGGAACGACAGUCCAAAACGAACAAGGCAUGUACCGACAAGUGCAUGUACAGUCUGCGGAAGAAGCAAUGAUUUGGGGGCAACAAACGAGCACGCCUGACAAAGCACUGAAAGCAUUUCUAAAGGAACGAAUGCCACACAUGGUCAUCGCAUUCCUCAAGAAAGCAGUUCAUAAGUCAGUGAACUAUGUCGAAUGGAUUGAUACACUACGGAAAGUGGAAGUAGAAGAGUUGUUGGCAGAGAAAAAACUACAGAACAGGCUGGAAGAACUGGAACGAAUGGUGAAAAGCCUUACAGUGUAA